CAGCGGCUGACGCAGAGACAGUCAUUCUCCUUUCCUUGGAAAACCCCAUUUGCCACUGCGCUCGUCCAAUCGCUGGAUGCCCUGAGUCGGCUCGUUAAGCGUUUGACUUGACGUUUCACUGUAGUACCGCUUCCGUCUCCCUGUCUCCCUCUCCUCCCGCUGGCAUCGAGGAGAUCCCUGUCCCGUCUCUGCCAUGAAUCAUCAUCCGAUCACAGCGCAAAAGCAGCGGCGCUUGAAAUGACUGCUUGGACUUUCUGUUGCCGUAACGCACAAUCGAGACAGGAACCGCUCGGCUUUGGCGUAAAAGCGCUGUGAAAUCGGGAAAACAUGCAGGAAAAGCUGACGGACACCCAGACUCCCACCUCGUCGAAGGCGUCGUCAUUUUUUAUCGAGAAUCUGCUGGGCAGAGGAGGGAAUGGGCAGGAGUCGAUGUCGACCAGCAGUCGUGGGCAAGCUGCUGUGGACACGCUCUCCACUGGCAGAGUCCUGAACGCACAUCACGCCGACAGGACUGCUCCAGCGCCCGAUGGCUCCAGCUCCACGACUCGGUCCCCGUACACAGCCUCGCCGUUGCAGUGGUACCGCGACGGGAAUGCCUUAAACGUACCAACUUUGGAAACACCGCAGAGUCCAAGAGAUAAUACAAAUACAGACGACCACUGCUGCUCCGUUUCAACCAGUGACAGAUGCUCUCCGGCCGUGUCUGAGCCCAUAACGGAGGGAAGCGAUGAAACCGACAGGAAAACCGGUGACAGCAACCUGACAGACGACAACGAGGACGCACAGAACGGUUACAACGCUCGGCCCGAGCAAGACGCGUCUUCGGACCCGAGCCCCAGUCGGAAGAAGAAGACCCGCACAGUGUUCAGCCGCAGUCAGGUGUUUCAGCUCGAGUCCACCUUCGACGUAAAACGGUACCUGAGCAGCUCGGAGAGAGCAGGACUGGCAGCUUCUCUGCACCUGACAGAGACUCAGGUCAAAAUCUGGUUCCAGAACCGGAGGAAUAAAUGGAAGAGACAGCUGGCGGCGGACCUUGAGGCGGUACAUAUCCCACACUCGACCCAGCGGAUUGUCAGGGUCCCCAUUCUGUAUCACGAGGGACCCGCACCCCCUGCAGCACUGAGUUUCAACCUGAGCGGACAUCCAGUUUCUCCACCCGUCUCGGGCUUCUCCAGUUCCAUCAGCUACCCUCUGUCCUCGUUUGCUCACUCAAUGAGCAUGUUAAGAUCGCAGAUGACCGGCUUGGUGUAAAGAGCGCUGAAGAAACAACAUGACUAACAAUAUGAAAUCACCCUGUUGAAACUGAAUCGUGCAAUAACACACAAUACCGCAGAAACAGCAUCCAAAGAUAAGAGCCGCACAAACCGUGAUCAUAACACGGAAAUGAAUCGUUUUUAUGAAUCUGUUCGUUUGAGAGUCUGUGCCCCUGUGGCACAUUAACAGCCACCCCUGAGAGCAAGGGAGGCCCCAGCUGUUCAUGUACUGUACUGUAUGUCUGAAUACACGCAGAUUUUUUUGCAAACUUUUAUAUUUAAAGCCACAAAUCUUUCCAACUUUGUCACUUUUUUUCACUUAAUAGCUAAAUAAAAAAAAAAAAA